AUGACGAUGGUUGUCGGACUCAUCUACGUUCAUCGUCUAAAGAGAACCUUACCAGCCACGGCACGCGGUGAUUUCGACACCCCAUACAAGAUCUUUCUAUCAGCAAUUCUGCUCGCCAGUAAAUAUCUCAGCGAUCAUUCAUUACAGAAUCGUAAUAUUGCCGAUAUCACCAACGGACUGUAUUCGGUGAAAGAUGUCAAUACGAUGGAGCGUAGCUUUCUCGGCUUGCUAAAAUAUGAACUUUGGGUUGACGUGGACGAAGUUAAAAAGUUUUUAGAUCAACAUCGUGUCGAAUUAGACAUUGAUGUCGAUUGGAGUCGUGACGAAGAAAGGUAA